AUGCAACCAAAGACACCCAAUAGAGAAGAUUUGGUGCAGACAUGGGCUUAUCUGGAAGAGGGUGUCGAAAAGAUCAUGAAAGAUCUCAAUAGUGGAGUAGACAUGAACACCUACAUGGGCGUUUACACUGCUGUUCACAACUUUUGUACAUCUCAGAAAGCUGUCAACUCAAGUCCGCAGACUCUACAAAACAACGGAGCUGUUCACCGAGGUGCCCACCUACUUGGAGAGGAUCUUUACAACAACUUGAUUGGGUACCUAAGCAGGCAUCUUGGGACUCUAAAAACUGAUUCGGAAAGUCACGCAGACGAGGCCCUUCUGGCAUUUUACAUUCGAGAAUGGGACCGAUACACGACCGCUGCCAAGUACAUCAACCAUCUGUUCCGAUACUUAAACCGACACUGGGUGAAAAGAGAGAUGGACGAGGGCAAGAAGAAUAUUUAUGACGUUUACACACUGCACCUUGUCCGUUGGAGAUGCGAUCUUUUCGACCACGUUCAGAAGCAUGUAAUGGACGGUGUACUGAAGCUUGUUGAGAAGCAGCGGAAUGGGGAAACCAUUGAAACAGCAAUGGUCAAGAGCAUUGUAGAUUCAUUUGUUUCUCUUGGAUUGGAUGAAAGCGAUUCCUCGAAAUCGACUCUCGAUGUUUACAGGAAAUUCUUUGAGAAACCCUUCCUUGAGGCUACAACCUUAUAUUAUCAAAUGGAAUCAAAACAAUUCGUUGCGGAAAACAGCGUUGUUGAGUAUAUGAAAAAGGCGGAAACGAGAUUAAAUGAGGAAGAAGGGCGCGUGCAAAUGUAUCUUCAUCCUGAUAUCUUCCAGCCACUGAUGAAAACAUGCCAGAAGGUGCUCAUUCAAGAGCAUGCUUCAUUAUUACGGGAAGAGUUCCAAGUACUUUUGGACAAUGAUCGACAGAGCGACCUCCAGCGCAUGUACAAUCUUCUUUCUCGGAUACCAGAUGGUCUAGAUCCCUUACGUACAAAAUUCGAAGCACACGUUCGGAGAGCUGGUCUGUCAGCAGUUGACAAGAUUGCUGAUGAAGGUGGGGAUAAUCUUGAGCCCAAAAUUUAUGUGGACGCUCUUUUGGAGGUGCAUGCACAAUACAAAAACCUUGUCGAUGUUGCAUUCAAGAGCGAGGCUGAGUUUGUUCGUUCGUUGGAUAACGCAUGUCGCGAGUUUGUCAACCGCAAUAAGGUCUGCAAAUCAGCGUCCACAAAGUCGCCCGAGCUUCUGGCAAAAUAUGCGGAUUCUCUCCUACGCAAAAGCGCCAAGAGUGCGGAAGAGGCGGACCUUGAGAAUAAACUUACUGCUAUCAUGACCGUCUUCAAAUAUGUUGAGGAUAAGGAUGUGUUCCAGAAGUUUUAUUCCAAGAUGUUAGCGAAACGUUUGGUCAACUUUACUUCUGCGUCAGAUGAUGCCGAAACUAGCAUGAUCGGUAAAUUGAAAGAGGCCUGCGGCUUCGAGUAUACUAACAAGCUCCAGCGAAUGUUCCAAGACAUGCAAAUCUCUAAAGAUCUGAAUGAUUCGUACAAGGCGUGGCUCGAAGGGAAAAACGAGAGUACGGCGGGUGGUGUGGAUUUCACAUGCCAAGUUUUGGGAACAUCAUUCUGGCCCUUGAAUCCUCCUACUACUCCCUUCAAUAUCCCGGAAGUCAUCGUGCAAACAUACACCCGAUUUGUCAAUUUCUAUAACGAAAAGCACAAUGGGAGAAAAUUGACCUGGUUAUGGCAUUUGUGCAAGGGUGAAUUGAAGGCCAGCUAUUGCAAGGCGACUAAGAUACCCUACACUUUUCAAGUCUCAACAUAUCAAAUGGCCAUGCUUCUUUUGUUCAAUGAUGCUACGACGGUCUCACACGAGGAAAUAGAAAAAUCUACUGGUUUAUCGAAGGAAUACUUAGAGCCAGCUUUGAUGGUCUUUCUAAAGGCGAAGGUUCUGACUCUUAAGGAUCCUGCAAAAAAGGUUGGGCCAGGAAGUUCUUAUGCGCUCAACUUUGACUUCAAGAGUAAGAAGAUUCGUGUGAACCUAAAUAUGGCAGUUAGAGCAGAGCAAAAGCAAGAAGUUGAAGAGACACACAAGACUAUUGAAGAAGACCGAAAACUACUGAUGCAGUCCGCGAUCGUCCGCAUCAUGAAGGCCCGAAAAGUCCUCAAGCAUGUUGUAUUGGUCCAGGAAACAAUUGCGCAGAUCAAGUCCCGAUUCACGCCCAAGAUUCCUGAUAUCAAGAAAUGUAUAGACAUUCUUUUGGAGAAAGAGUACUUGGAGCGGUUGGAUGGCGAACGUCUAGGUUACUUGGCCUAA